UCCUCCACUCUCUCUCUCUCGCACUCUUUCUCUGCCUCUCUCUGCCUCCCUAUCUCUCUGUAGCGCUCUGCUUUCAUUUUUUUCUCUCUCGCCUCUUCCUUUCCUCAGCAUCCCCCCUCUCAGAGAUGGCGUGUGUCGAUGCUGCUCGGGCGUCCGGGGCCUAACAGGAGAGGAGCCCCUUCCCCCAGAUCUGCAGCCCCGUUCCUCGGGGUGUCUCCUCCCGCUGCUGUCUUUCAGCUCUCCGGCACCACCACCGCCUCCCCUCCUCCCCUGUGCGGGUGUCUGGGAUACAGGCCCUCGGGGGUGGAGGAAAUCAACAUCGUGCUUCUUCGCUGGGGGAGCCGUGCAGAAUUAGCUAUGCCCUGCCCAGGCAUCUUCUGACCGGUUGGAUUUCUCCGUUUCUGUCCGCCUGCACACCAGAGGGCAACGUAGGAUGAAAAUCUGCAACCAUGAUGCAAGGACUGAAAAACCGAACCAGGAAAGCCCUGGGCUUACGAAGAAAAGACAAGGACACAGAGACAGCGAGCUCACCUGACAAAGAAGGAACUGGAAGUGGAAAGAAGGGAAGUAAAAAGGCCAACGGGGCUCCCAAUGGGUUCUACGGAGAGAUUGACUGGGACAGAUAUGCCUCUCCUGAUGUGGAUGAGGAGGGCUUCAGCCUCCGGCCCGGUGAUGAGGGCGAUGCAGCUUCCAAAGAAAAGCACUUUUUCUCCUCCAGCGACUCGGAGGACGACGAGGACAGCAAGAAAAAGUUCAAAAUUAAGAUCAAGCCGCUGGUGUCGGACAGUGCCAAGUGUGCCACUCCAUCUAUGGACGAGCUGAAAGCCUCGGUGGGAGGCCUCGCGCUCUCUCCAUCUCUGAAGAGAAGUCCGAGACGCAGUCCGGGGCAGAUAAAAAGGAACUUGUCCUGUGAGGAGAUCGCAAGACCCCGACGCUCCACCCCGACACCCAGCCCUGCCCCUGAGACGCCUAGUGACAGACUGUCGCAGAACGUUCCUGCCUUCUUCGGGCUGCCUUCAGAGAGCAAAUAUGCCAGAUAUGACGUGGUUCCUGCUGACAUGUGGGGCGACUCCAGACCACGAUCAGAAUCACAGCUGAGUAGAAGUUUCCCAACAGGAGCUCCUCCUCCGCUUCCUCCAAAAAACAUUCCAUCAAGAAGUCAUUAUGGCUAUCCUUCAGACGCUGCUGCUGAUCUACCCAAUGGAAGGGCAACUCGUAGGUCUGCCCCCAUCUACCUGAACGUCCUCUCCCCCGCUUCCUACCGAGGCUCCCCGGCCCCCGACCUGGACGACGUCUUCGGCCCCAGCGAGGACAUCGUGUCUCCCAGAUGGGUCACCUUCACCGACGACCGGCCUCCUCCGCCCGACGAGCCUGCUCCCCCUCCACCACCAGACUCUCCCCCUCCAGACACCCCCUCAUCCACCCCCUCCACCCCCUGCCUCUCUCCUGGCCCGCCACCAAACGAACCCCCGCCGUCACCCCCUCCAUUCUCCCCUGGGUCUCCUCCUCCCUUCACGCCGCCAGACUCACCUCCCUCUAUCGUGCUCGGACCUCCCCCUCCAGAUGAACCGGCUCCCCCCUUACCCCCCGACUUCUCCCCCUCCAGUUCGCCUCCUUUAUGCCUCGAUGAGGAGGCGAUCGAUGAGGAGGUGCUGCAGUUUGCGGAGUACUGUUCCUCCCCUGCGCCCAUCAGCCCAGUGCCUCCUCUCCCAGCAGAGCGGAGGUCGCCUCGGGGGGGAGUCACGUCUCCUCUGGUCCUGGGGGGAAAGAGGACUCCGGAGGGUUCGUACCUGAGAGAUGAUAUACCGGACUUCAUGGGCUCUCCCAGGGAGCUGACGCCGAGCUUCAGGGGGACGCCGCCUCCUCUUCCUCCCACCACCUACAGGUCUAUCAUGUCUUCCCCGGGGCCCUACUCAGGCAGCAGCCCCUCAUCUCCGGCUCGUCCUGCCACACCUCAGUCUCGAGGCAGCCCGGUUCCUCCACCUCCUCCUCCUCGUCCGUCCUCGCGACCAAAGCUGCCCCCGGGGAAACCAAUCACAGACCUGACUCGGCCGUUCAGUCCACCGGUUUCAGGCAGCCCGCCGCCUUUCGCCCCUCUGGCCCGGGCUGAGAGCUCUUCCUCCAUCUCCUCCAUUACCUCGCAGAGUGCAGCGUCCACUCCCACCUUAGGAAGGGACCUCAACAUGUCCACCACAGGAUGCUCCAGAGGACCCAGUCCACUCACGAUGGGGCCACAGGACACUCUGCCAGUGGCAGCUGCCUUCACAGAAACCAUCAAUGCCUACUUUAAAGGCGCUGACCCCAGCAAAUGUGUUGUGAAGAUCACAGGGGAGAUGGUGUUGUCCUUCCCUGCAGGCAUCACUCGGCACUUUGCCAGUCACCCGACUCAACCCAUCCUCACCUUUAGCAUCAGCAACUACAGCCGACUGGAGCAGGUCCUCCCCAAUCCACAGCUGCUCUGCUGUGAUUCCACAGCAGAGAGUGUCGACACCAAGGAGUUCUGGGUAAAUAUGCCAAACCUGAUGAGCCAUCUGAAGAAAGUGGCUGAACAGAAGCCUCAGGCGACGUACUACAACGUGGAUAUGAUCAAAUAUCAGGUGUCAGCAGACGGGAUCCAGUCCACUCCUCUGAACCUGGCAGUGAGCUGGCGAGGUGAUGCUACCAACACAGACCUUAGAAUAGACUACAAAUACAACACGGAGGCCAUGGCCGCCCCUGUGCCGCUUCACAACAUCCACUUCCUGGUUCCUGUUGAUGGAGGCAUCGCCAAACUGCAGGCCAUGAUCCCGCCUGCCACCUGGAAUCCAGAGCAACAGACGAUACAGUGGAAACUAUCAAGCCUGUCUCACAGGUCUGAAAAUGGAGGAGUCGGGGCUCUCCUGGGCCGGUUCCAGAUGAUCGAAGGUCCCUGUAAACCCUCCCAGCUGGCGGUCCAGUUCACCAGCGAGGGAAGCACUCUGUCGGGCUGCGACAUCCAGCUGGUCGGGACUGGAUACCGGCUAUCGCUGGUCAAGAAGCGAUUUGCUGCAGGGAAAUAUUUGGCAGAUAAUUAGUGGACCUGUUUGUGAACAGAACCAAGAGAAUCAAUGGCUUUUGACUGUGAAGAAUAUGGAUCCAUCCCAUGUUUAGUGCAUUUGAAAAUGUAUCUUUAGCAACCGUUACACUUGAUGAGAUUUAAUAGAACAGCAGGUCACAACACACAGACGAGAUAAUGUUUGACUUUUUAACACCAUCUUCAGUAGACUGACUGUUGCUGAGUUUAUGCAAGUAAAUAUGAAUCAUUAGUUUUGUGCACUUGGAACACUUGCGAGCUUAAAACAUAGGAAAACCCUGGUUCUUUGUUCUUGUUGAAAAUUACUGUGGAUUUCAUGCAGUGAUCCAGCCUUAUUCAUUUCAGUUUCUUUCGUCUGACUGGUUGUCACUGCAGAUGCACUGUCAAAGAUCAUGUGAAUGGAGGAUUUAACAGAGAAACAAUCCUAAACGAGGUGGGAAAGAGUAGGAAAUGGAGGAAAACGUGUAGUAUAGGUUUGCUCUGAAGUUUUAUUCCUCUGAAUUAUUGGCUACAUGGUGACAUCUGAUUUACACUGCCACCUCAGAUCAGAUUUUCCUUUCCACCAUAUGUAGUAGUUUGAGCAGAAAUGAGAUCCUCUUUACACUUGGUUUUAAAAUAUGUCCCGCGCACUCAGAUUACAAGUGGACAGCACUGAAUAAAAUAUGAACAACUCCCAAGAUGCAUUGUGAUUCGAUGAAUUAAACUACGUAUCAAAGCUGUCUGGAACGCAUUUAAUCCAGAUCUGUAAACACCAAUCCAACCUUUUGACUUUUAGUGGAGGCGACGGAGGCUGAUGUCUCGACUGUCCACCAAAGUGCAUUUUAAAACCAAGAGUAAACCGGGUCGUAUUCUUCUGUUUAGAGAGCCAUGGAAGUGUCACAUCCGACUCUAUCAGUUUAAAUCGACCUGCAGCGCUGGAUUAACAUCAGCACUUUGAGUCUUUAGGUGCUUUUUAUGUGAGAUUAUAUUUGUGCAUCAAUCCUGAGCUCUUGAUGGGACAUUUUGAUCAGAGGUCAUGAUCAUUUUCUGCGUGCACAUAAAUUGUAUUGUUCAGAUUGAUUAGAGCGAUGUCAUUUCAGCAAGCAAAAAUCUGUUAUAUGCUCAGUGAGUCUGUUUGCUUGCUUGGCAUUUACACAACUGCAGAUUUAUGCCUGUGUUACUAGGGUGUAUUGAUAGGCUGUUUUCUACCAUGGUGCUAAAAUCCUUUUAAAAAGUGAUAAAAUCUCACCCAAAAACAGAUAAAAAAGACUUUCAGAAAGGUUAAUGAAACCGAAACUUACCAAAGUGCUCAUGUGCAGCUGAGGUGUGUCUGCCAUUUUCUCAAUGUUUCCUACAUUGUGGUUUAAUAAUCUUUUGUUUAGGAAAAUACCUAGCUGAGUGAAAUAACGUGGCAGUUUUGAACUGGCAGCCAUGAUAAGAGCUUGUUGAACUCUGUAAAUCAGGGGUGUCAGACUCAUUUUAGUUCAGGUCCCAAACUGAUGUUAAGUGGGCCGGACCAGUAAAAUCACAACAUAACGACCUAUAAACAGCUCUAAAAUUUUCAUUUGUUUUAUUGCAAAAAAGUGCAUUCUGAAAAUAUUCCCAUUUAAUGAAUUAUCUUUUUAUUAAGCAUGAACAAACUGAAAUUUCUUCAGAAAAAUAAGUGAAUUUCAGCAACACUAUGCCUCAGUUCAUCAUUUACUCAUUACAGCUUACAGAUCAUCGAGUGUCUACAAAGGCACAAAACAUUCAGUCUCAGGUAUCUGGAAGUGAACGAUGUAGUGGUUUAAUUAUUGAUCAAAACGACCAAAAUCUGACAAAAAAGAAGACAGAAAGCAACAAAAACAAGACAAAAUAUUACAAAAACGAGACACAAAAUGGCAAAAGAACAAUGAGCAAUCUAGUAUUUUACUUUAUAAUCAAAACAAUUUGUCAUGGUCCAGAAAUUAUUAUAAAUGUAUAGUCUUACAAAUUUAAAGUUUGCAAUUAAUGUCUUCUCUGUAAUUUUACACUUUACAAAGUCGUCUCGUGGGCCGGAUCGGACCCUCUGGACACCCCUGCUGUAAAUGAUAAGAAAGGUGCUGCACUGCUCCCUUUUUUCUUUUUUGUGGCAUAGGGUUAGGGUUACACUGGUCCAUCCUUAAUGAAAGAGAAGCAUCCAUAGCGAUCUACCAUCGUAGCAUAAUGUUAAUGUGGGUAGAUUCUCUUCACUGCAGUUGUCCUGAAUGAAAUCUCUCGCAUCUUUUCUUGACCUUGUGACAUUUUUUUUUAUAGAAGUCGAGGAAAAUAUGUAGGACAUGACUUUUUUUUUUUAGACUGUCUGCUUACAAACUUAGAAACAGAUAAUCCUACUUUAGGUCUGAUUGAAGACAUCAACAGCCAAGCAGAAAUGACUUGACUGUCAUUGUGGCUUAUGUGGCUAAUAGCAAACACACAGAUAUAUUGUUGAGCACAAAAGUGAGUAAAUGAUUAAUUUCUCUACAAAAUGCUUCUAUGUGCAGCCAGCAUAUGUUCAUCUGAGCUCAGGAUCGAUGCAGAUCCGUAAUGUCAUAUUUUACCACAUGCAGCCUUUAACACUACCGACUGCAGUUUUCUGUUUAGGAGUCGUGUCAGUUUGACCUGCAUUACAUUUCCACUAUGGGCAAGUGCAAUGUUAAUAAAAAGAGGGGUGUCACAGAUAUCUGAAACCAUGUUGACAAUGCACAUUUAACAACUUCGUAAAUAAUCCAUCGCCGGGUCUUUCUGGUGGAUUAGCAGGUGGUGGUAGACACCUUAACGCCUGCUGUCAUCACUCAUAAAACAGAAAAAAGAAGAAGAAGGCGCAGCAACUAGCUAGUCAGCUGCCACAUCGUGCGACUACUACACAAAACAGAACUUUUUUUCAGAUUUUCUAUAGAUAUUGAGAUAAUCUAGUAAUCGUGGGCUCGUUCAACCGCGAUAAUAGCAUAGUGAAAAUCUGUAAUCAUGACAGCCCCGGUUGAGAUGCCUCAAAGUUCUCCCGUUACAGAACGUAAGUGGUGUUUGUGGUGGUGUUUUAUCGGUGAAGCUGCAUUCUAAUGAGGGGAUGUGAAUGAGAGAAGCUGCUACUUUUUCGCUGGAACAGUUUGGGUGAUUUAUUAAGUUGUUGUAUUUGAAAGGCCCUUAAGAUGCUUGACACAUACAGAGCCAGAUGUGAGAGUGCCAUAUGUUGAGGAAAAGGACCUUCCAGAGAGAUACAGAGGGACCUGGGCUGAAGAUUGUAGGAGUUGCCUUUGAUGCUGCUUUAAAACUCGGCCAAUUCCUUUGACCGUAAUCUUUGACGGAGGUCUUGAGGAGGAACAUUCGGGGGACAUCACAGAAUAACGAAAAAUAAGUGUCUAUCAAGAAGACAGCACUAUUUACGUCCCUGCUUUAUUUUCCACCAUGUUGAAUAAAUGUUUUAUCAUUUUCUAAUAGCAAUAUUUAAGUGUAAAAAGUGUACAUAAAAAGCUAUGUUUCAAAUACUUCUCUGGGCAUAUGGAUGUGUCUGUGAUUGUCCUUUGGUUUAUUGAUGUCAGCACCCAUAAUGCAUUUGGUUCUACGUAGCGACACACAUGUCAACACUCACGUCAUCUAGUGUUUUUACAUGCGGGUUUCUUGUACAAAAAAAAAUAACAGAAAAAAAAGAAGUGUUACUGUUGAUGAAUAACUCCAAAACGGUGCCGCAUGAAAUCUGCAUUUUUUUCCCCAUCACCAGUCUUAUCAAUGCAAUACCAAUCUGUCCAUUUCAACACGGUCAUGAUGCGUGUGUUCUUGUAUAAUUGUGCUACGAGAGGAGACUUUCUUGCCUUCACUUAAGCCUCCGCUCUCUGUUUUCGCUGUUGAUGCACCUUCAGAAACUCAUUGUCAAUAAAUCUGGCAUGUGUCCAUUGAUAUACCCAUUCCAUGCAUCUGUUAUAGGUGUUUGACAUCCUCCUGUGUUUGACUCGCACACAAAACGCACUCCUCUUCAUGACACGGUUCAUUGCCCCAUGCCACAUGUUCAUCAGUGUUUGGACAUCACGUUUUACAGAAUGUUUUAAUGUGUUGAUUCACAGUUCGGGCCCGGGUGUAACACUUCCUUUAGUUCCUCUUAGGAAAAGAAAAACUGUUUCUUUCUGUUCAAUAAGAAGAGGUCGCUUUUUUUCUCUGUUACAAUGCUUUUAAUUUUCUUUGCCUUAUUUUGAACAUACACUAUAUAUUCCGAUAUCGGAGGUUUUCUGUAAGUUUAUUUUUUCUACAACUCUUUGGCUGUAUUCUUUCACUGCGUUAGAAUCAGAAUAUGCAAACAUUUCAUGUAAAUUUCCCAUCCAAAGAUUUUGAAAGUAAAUAUAUUAAAAAAAAAUCAAUAUAAUGUAAUACCUGUUUUACUUGGUAAUAAAGAAGAGGAAAUAUGAA